UCUUUGAUAUGCACAGUGGCAGGAGACAGUCGUUUGUUUACACUUGUUGCAAUGGCGACCAUCACUGAGCUGAAGUGUGCCGUGAGGGAAACGCUGGAGUCCCGUGGUGUGCUGGCCCAGCUGAAGGCUCGUAUCCGGGCAGAGGUGUUCAGCGCCCUCGAUGACCAGCGUGAACCCCGUCCGCCGCUGUCCCACGAAAACCUGCUGAUCAACGAGCUCAUCCGAGAGUACCUGGAGUUCAACAAGUACAGAUACACGGCAUCAGUACUGACAGCAGAGUCAGGCCAACCUGAAGUUCCCUUGGACAGACAGUUCCUGGCAAAUGAGCUGAAAGUCACAGAGGAUACAAGCUCCAAGUCUGUACCUCUUCUCUAUGGCUUGGUGUCCCACUUUGUGAACAGCGGUGAUAGUGGUGGAAAGAUGUUUCUGCGGGGUGCCUCUCUGCCAGCUGGUGCUACUGCGAGCAACACAGUACCUCGACCUGAUGCCUAAAAGUUAAUGCACUGAGGACUGGAACAGCAUGGACUACAAAUACACUUUAUACUCCUAAUAGACGGCAUGAAAUGUUGCAGCACCUUGAAGGAUUUUAGUGAUAUAAUGUUUCUCUUCUGCAGUUUCGUUGUUUUUCACACUGUUCUCACCUGAGUAAAGUUGUAAGUUGCCAAUGAUCCCAAAGGGCCUUUUUUGCUUAGGUUUUAAUAUCUGCCUUUAGGUUAUUUAGCAUCAGUCAUGGUGACACUGCUUGCAGGGAUCCAUAUUGUUUUGUCAAUGAUUACAAAUAACAUUCCUUGUUGUCUUCUCCAUUUAGAUGUACAAAUAUUUGAUACUUUUAUAUUGUGUUUUACUUGUUCAAAAAUAAAUGUUUUAUAUUUAUACACUA